AUGCCUGCAAACCUCACCAAAUACGGGUUAACGAAGCCUAUUUCGCUAUCCCAGGCCCAGGUCUGGAUGCGGGCUCUGGACUACCGCUGGACCAAGACUCCGAAUGGACAGUUUGUGGAUGGCCACGAACGUGCUGACGUCACGAGCUAUCGACAGACGAAAUUCCUACCAGCGAUCGCAGACUAUGAUCAUCACGCUCGUCAGUGGGAUAAGGACGGCACAGAGGUUCCAGUUCCAGACGACUUACCUCGCCCCCGUAAUCGCCGUGUUGUCUACUGGCAUCACGACGAAUCUGUCUUCUAUGCACACAACCGCCGGGUCCGCCGCUGGGUGCACAAGACUGAGAAAGCCGUACCUCGGGCCAAGGGAGAAGGGGCUUCUCUAAUGGUCGCUGACUUUGUGUCAGCUGAAUAUGGCUGGCUACGCUCUCCUGAUGGCAAGGAGUCAGCACAAGUCCUAUUCUGCCCAGGCAAGAACCGCGAUGGCUACUUCACCCAUGAAGAAAUCCUGACCCACGCAACGACCGCAAUGGACAUCCUCUCCCGUCACUACCCCAAUGAGCAACACGUCUUUAUCUUCGACAACGCACCAACUCACCUCAAACGAGCUCCCGAUGCGCUGUCAGCAAGGAAGAUGUCACUGUACCCGACCAAACCUGGGGGCCCAUUUUUUGGUGUUGAGCAGACAACCACUGAUGCGGGGGGGAAAGAGGUCAAGGUCAAGGUUCCAAUGGCGAACGGUCACUUCAAUGGGCAACCACAGUCGUUCUAUUUCGAGACCGGACACCCACGCGCUGGCAUCUUCAAGGGGAUGGCACAAAUUUUGACAGAGCGUGGGUUCUACACUCGGGCCCACCGUUUCAUGGAUGCGUAUCGCCGCGGGCUCGAUGGGAAGCAGGCUGCGUGGGCAGCGAAGAAAUAUCGUAGCCACCGCGUCCUUCCAAACGACAUUCUUGAGGAGCUCGAUCGGGAAGGCAUCACUCCGGACAACUAA